GACGAGCAAAGACGGCCAGGGAAACAUGUCCAGCAAAACAGAGAAGAGUUGUGGAGGAAGUGUUGCUAAAGACAGCAAACCGGCAACAGACAGUGCAGCAUGCACCGAGAAUUUAACAGAAACUGAUGCUUUCAUCCGAAGUGCAUUGACUUUGGAUCCUGCAGAGGAGUACAAGAUGAGGAACAAACGGCGAGGCCUUGCUCUAAUUUUUAACCAAGAGCGUUUCUUCUGGCGCCUGGGGUUAAACGACAGACAUGGAACCAAUGCUGAUCGCUACAACUUGGAGAAAAGACUGCUGGAGCUAAACUUUGAAGUCCGGAGUUUUGAUAACUACAGACAGGUAGAAGUCCUGGAAAAAAUCCAAGAAGCUGCCAAGGACGACCAUUCAGAUGCUGACUGCUUUCUGCUCGUCUUCUUGAGCCAUGGCGAAAAUGAUCACGUUUACACCUACGAUGACAAGAUUAGCAUCCAGGAUAUCACAUCCAUGUUCAAAGGAGAUAAGUGCAAGAGCCUUGUAGGAAAACCAAAGAUUUUUAUAAUACAGGCAUGUCGUGGGGACAAACAUGACAAUCCAGUGACUCCCUGUGAUGCAGUAGACAAUGAGGUACUGGCUAAUACAGUAGUGGUGGAUGCCAGUGCUGUACACACCCUCCCUGCUGGGGCUGAUUUCAUCAUGUGCUACUCAGUGGCUGAGGGUUACUAUUCCCAUCGAGAGACCAUCAAUGGUUCGUGGUACAUCCAGGAUCUGUGUGAGAUACUUCAAAGAUUCGGGGAUUCCCUCGAAUUUACAGAGUUGCUCACACUGGUCAACAGAAAGGUGUCGAUGAGGAGUGUUGGGAACUGCACUGACCGCAGUGCUAUUGGAAAAAAGCAAGUGCCUUGCUUUGCUUCAAUGCUUACAAAGAAACUAUACUUUCGACCAAAGAAGUAACUUCCUGUGGUUAAAUGAGUUGGUUUCGUAUUGAUUCCUUUAAAGAAAGCGCCUUCUGAGCAGAAUUAAAUUGCUCUUUUUCUUUUCAGUCCUCAUGAAUUUAUCACUAGUGUACACUAUGAUUUACAUUUAUGUCUUGAAUAAUCAAGUAACUGACAGUAAUAUUUCCAGGGAAAUUAGUUGUAAUAAAAUUACAGGACCCACAUUUGUUUACACUGACUUUGACUAGUCAGUCAUUUUAUUCUUGAAAAUACUUCAUGUGGAAAUGGGAAAAGUGCACAUUAUGUGUCAGUUUUGCUCCAAACCACAAAGUUAACACAUAUUUUAAACUACAUUUUGUAUUAUUCGCUUAGGUUUUCAUUAUGUUGGAAGGUGUUCCCGUUAUUUUGUCCAGCACCUGUCGAUCAAAACACCUUUUGCACUUUCCUGCAGGAUUAUUUUGGACCCUACUUUCUUGUUGAUUGCUUUUAAAUCACUGCAGAAAUCAUUCCUUAGUUUUCACAUUAUUCCACAAUGAGCUAAGAAACAACUGGACAUUUGCACUGUUCUCCUACAAAACACUGUCACUGGUGGAGCUGGAACUGUCAGAGAGGGGUGUUUUUUUUAUCUGUUUAAGUCAGUUGCAGGUAUGCGCCAGUUAUUUGUUUUCCAGUUAGCUUGUGGGAUAGCUGAUCUAACAGCACAACCAGGAAAAAGUGCUUUCAAUUAUUUCAUCUCCAUCAGUUUAGUCAGUUUAUGUCACUGUUGCUUCACACAUUAAAUAAUCUGUCAUAACAGCCCAAGCUCCAAAUACACAUGCUGCACCUUCUAGUUUGCUCCAUAAAAAGGGAAUUCAUGUUCUUGUGGUUCUUUGUGUCAUGGCAGUUUAUGGUACAUUUGAUGCAUAUUUGCACCCAAAAUGACAACAAACAGGAGUAAAUAAAUACCUCAGGGAGGAGAACAUGUGGGGUUGUUUUUCUUGAAGCUGUACUGUGGACUUCAAUCACUUUCAUCUGUGUCAAGAAAACUUCAGCUAUCAGAGUACACACUGAUUCUGUAUUUUUGUGCUCAUAAUAUUGUGAUUUUGUACAAAUGCAGUAAUUUAGCUGCAGGUUUGUUCUUAAAUUCUAAAUAAAAAAAAGAAGAAAC